CAUUGAUAACAACCGCUUUCUUUACAGCUAAGUAGGCUAACUAUCCAGCAUUUUCAAAAAGGAAAAAAUACUACUAAAUAUAAAAGUCAACGCUAGUAAGUAAUUUCAGUAUUACCAGGGCAGUACAUGUUAGUUUAUGUACAGUUUGGUAGGUGCAUAUUUUAAUGAGACGUUGCUUUAGCAUAAGCAUACAUGACCUAACAACAGUCGUUGUUUACACAGGUUUUAGUCGAAGUUAGCCUGACGCUUAAUUAAAGUUGAAAAUUGCGUAACACCUGCAGAUCUGUGUGUGAUAAACGGAUGAGCUGGACACGAAGAUGGAAAUGGCUGCCAAAGGAAAGGCCAAAAGGAGGCACCUGAAUGCAGAGGCGUGUGAUGCACUGGGACAAAGUGCAGAGGGCACUGAUGCUCUCGUCCAGCCCCACACUGUAAACCACGGGCAGGGCAAUCGCGACCCCAACCGGGGGCUUUACCCCAAGACACCCACCAAGCGACGGAAGUGUGCAUCUGCCUCAGGAAGUCUUUCUGGGAAACAGAAGGGCAUUGGCAGCUUCUUCCCUGUGAAAGGAGUCAUCAGUUCCAGUCCGCAGAAGUCCUCUCAGCCCUGCUCAUCCAAAUGCAUAAAUGGAAGAAAUGGAGAGCUUUUCAAAGGGCAAGAGGAGGAGGACGACGACGACGAUAUGAUCCUGUUAGCUACAUCGUUUGAGGCAGAUCCUGAAGAAGAGGAUGAAGUUCACAAUGUCAGCCUGUUAGCUCCAGAUUAUCUGGAGGGGAUGACGCCAGAGAUGUUUGGGAAAGAUGAUGACUUUGACCAAAGUGACAAUACCAUUCCACACGAGGAAGAGGAGGUGGAGGCCCUCCCUGACAACCACUUUGGGCUCCUGGGAUGCAGCAAAGUCCUUCAACAGCCCCAGGGGUGCAUACACGAUCUUCCAGAGGAGGUGCUUAGGCAAGUGAUGUGCCUCCUGCCUGCCCAGGACCUCUACCGCAGUGUCAUCCGGGUCUGCCAUCACUGGAGCAUCGUCCAGGACCCCAAGUUUGUCCCCUACAAGAAGAAGUACUACUGCUUCAUGCUGAAAGAGAAGGCGACCAUGCUGGAGAUCGGCUCCAUCCUGAGAAGCAGCGGCAUAUCAGAUCCAGUGUCAUCACAGCACAGCAUACGGCGCCUCGUUGUUUUAAUGGCGCAGCAUAAGGUGGGAGAGCGUGUGAGGCCAGGGGAUGUUCUGGAGUGCGUUAAGAAGCAUCGCCUCUAUCCUCAGGCCGAGGCCUCCAUCAGAUUACGCAUUCCUGAUAUCCUCAAGAACUGUAACCCUGGCAUUGAGGGUCCUAACCCGUAUGCGGCCAUGGCAGUCAUAUCGAUCCUCAGUGAGAGUGUUGCCGACGUGCUGGCUUUAGUGUCCCUUCUAACCGGAUGCAUGUCACGCACCGCCAUCAUAGAGUACCUCAGCCACAUGGCCAUGAUGUUGCUCGCCAUAAAGAGGAGCGUCAUCAAGAUUAGCAACAGGUUGCAUUACAACAUCUACUACGUCCUUCACCUGAUGGAGAACAGCCCCUUUGCUGUCGGCUCCUCUCAGACCGGGACUCAGAUCCAGCUCACAGGGGAACAGCAGCAGAUCCUCAGCCAUGACAUCCAGGCCAACCAUGUGCUGAAGAUCAUGGCUUUUGCAGGUACGGGGAAGACCACCACGCUGGUGAAGUACGCGGAGCAGCGGCCGCACCUCCGCUUCCUGUACGUGGCCUUCAAUAAGUCAGUGGCCUCCGAGGCGCAGCGUCGUUUCCCCAGCAAUGUGGCCUGCAAGACAGUCCACUCGUUGGCCUUCUCCGACGUUGGGAGGAGAUACUGCCAGAAGCUGACCUUUAACCUGAAGCCAUUUUCCAUCAGCUCUGUUCUGCCUCCAGGCCGCGGGGGCUUUGCCAAGGCCAAGGUGGUGACCACAACUCUCAACGCCUUCAUGGCUUCGACAGACGAGUGCAUCAAUAUCAGCCACGUCCCCAUGUCCCGUAUGGGGAAGGACGGCCGCAGGAAGAUUAUUACCGACUACGAAAGAGAGUUGUUCGUGCAAGACGCGAGGAGGAUCUGGAACAAAAUGAAGGAUCUGACUGAGAAACGUUCAGACGACCUCCUCAUGACCCACGAUGGUUACCUGAAGUUAUGGCAGCUGCAGAGGCCCUGCCUGUCGGACCAAUACGACGUGCUUUUCAUUGACGAGGCCCAGGACUGCACUCCAGCCAUCAUGGAUGUGCUCCUGUCUCAGCGCUGUGGGAAAAUGUUGGUGGGAGACCCUCACCAGCAGAUCUACACCUUCAAAGGAGCCUUCAAUGCCCUGCACAUUGUCGAGCACACACACGUCUUCUACCUGACACAGAGCUUUCGUUUCGGGGCUCAGAUCGCUUACGUGGGUGCCACCAUCCUCAAAGUGUGCAAGGGAGUAGAGAAGAUUCUUGUGGGAGGAAAUCAGAAAGGCGGUGUGUGUGACGAGACGGCAGACGAGGCGGGUGCAGCUGUGAGUUCAGGUACCAGUCUCAGUCAGGGGAAGACGGCCAUCUUGUCAAGAUGCAACCUCAGCGUGUUCAGUGAAGCCGUGCGACUCACUGACGCCAACCCGCACUGUCGCAUCCACUUCAUAGGAGGGGUGACUGGAAUCGGCCUGAAUAGGAUCCAGGACAUCUGGAAGCUGUUUGAAGGGGCGAAAGAAGAGACGCAGACCCCGAAAUUCAUCAAGGAUCCCUUCAUUCGCUCAUUUGCCAAGAACAUUAAGAGUGGCUACUGGGCCCUGAAGUCGUACGCCACACUGACCGAGGACUUGGAGCUGGAAGCCAAAUUCAAAAUGGUUGAAAAAUACGGAAAGCAAAUCCCCGAACUGGUGUCUCGCCUGGAAAGCUGCUAUGAAGAAAACUUAAACAAAGCAGACUUUAUCAUGGGAACUGUGCACAAGGCGAAGGGUCUGGAGUUCGACACUGUGAUGGUCACCGAUGACUUUGCCAAAGUUCCUGGCUCAAGACACAACUUGCACUUUUGCCCAGAUUUCUCCUUUGAUGAAGUUCCUGCAGAUGAAUGGAACCUUCUGUAUGUGGCGGUGACUCGAGCCAAGACGUCUCUGAUCAUCACAAAGACCAUCCGACGCAUUCUCACGGAGGCCGGGGAGUACUUCCUGAAAUCGGAGAUGCCCAGCACCCUGAUCAAGGAGGGCAAUCCUCUCCCAUGCUGCAUCCCACACUGCCCAAACUGCACCACCCCCGGCUCGGCAUUCAUCAUGUGCAAACAACAGAUGAAAUGUUCCGACGGUGUGGCUGCUGGCGGCCCACUGUGCGAGAGGUGUGUGUGGACCCGCGUCGGACCAAUCGCCUUCCUCAUGACCGACGACGUGCUAUCUAUGGCUGAGAUACCACAUAGACUGGGCCAGCAGGUCCACCACAUGAUGCUGGUGGCCCUUUUUUAACACUUCUCUUCUUAAAAGGAUUGAAAUGAAAGCCUCUUCUUGGUUUCUGUUUAACGGAGAAAGGACAGACUGAACAUUUUUAUUUGAUUUCCUCUGAAACAGAUAGCGUGGAUGCACUUUGACUUUAUGUUCGUAUCUCUUUUUUUUAAUGAGGGAUCUGGAUGCUGUCUUCAGAUUCUAUUUGACAGCCUGUAGCUCCCAGUGUGCUUUAGCAGGAUUGUGUAACUGCUGGAAGACUUGUCUACUUUCACUAAAAAUCAACUUUUGUGAGUGUCUUUAUUCUCCGGUCAACCCUGAUGGAAGUAUUUUUUAAAUGCUUUGAAAAAAAAGUAUCAAACAAGAUCAAACUAAUGUUUUUAUAUAAAAAUACUCAAUGCAGUGGGAUUAACAUAAUCCUAUUCAGUCUGCUGAGCAGCUGCUAUCACUCAGACAUCAUUUUAGUUAAUGGCCCAAAACUUUUCUUGUUCAAGAGGCUGAUCAUCAACAACUGGAUCAAAACGUGUCACAUCGUUGUCAUCAUAAAGAUAACUAACACUAAGUUUCACUUUGAAGGACAGAAGUGCUGCCUUGCAGAUGGUGUUAAAUGACAUCAUAUGGCAUGAUAUUCCUCUGCUUGCCUUUAUAAACAGGAAUAGACAGGUUUAUAAAAAAAAAAAAAAGUCUUUAAAGAUCAUUCAAAGGGACAGUGCAGUGCAACAAGAGAUACAGGAACAAUUCUUUGAAUAAUUAAAGCUGCUUUUUUUCUGAUCCACCAACUUCCUUCAUAAGCAUAGCAACAAAGCAGAAUAUAGAUUUCACAUUUUACAUGAGUCAUAAAGACAAAGUUUAGAGUGAGAUCAAAUUAUAAGUGUUAACCACUUUAUGAUAUAGGGACUUUUUACCCCCCCCCCCCCCCCCCCCACUAGUCAUUCGCAGACCUGUCCUUGCUUUUGUGUUUUUUUUUUUUCAUGUAAGGCUUUGAAUCUCUUAGUUGCAAAAGCAUAUUCUAUUAAUCUCAUUGUACCAAAGUGGCUGCAAAAAAUCUCAGUAAAUAAGUGACAAUGCUCUGUAGGUUUCAGACAUUCUUUGCUCAGUGCAUGGUUCAGUAUUUCCAGCCACACAACCUCAAGCUUAGCAUUUCAGAUGAGUAAAACAGAUAAGAGAUGAAGAAAUAAA